AUGCUCGAAAGAACGGCGGCGGCGAGUCUGGAAUCAUGCAACAUCCAGCGUAUUAUUCCGAAGCCGAGCCGCUCGACGAAACGCUGUCGCCAGCUCCAUACAGGCUUCUGGCAGCAUGGAGCGUCCGCCAUUGAGCUCUCCAGUAUCUGGCCGGCGAUAGGUCGGACCGCCGAGCAGGAGCAGUCCGAAAAUGCCAACCGCCCGCUACAGACUGGACUGGUUGCGUCGGUUUUUCUAUUGGACUUUCUAUAUCCGAGCGCUACAUAUUCUCUCCUGCGGCGAUUGUAUCCGGGCCUACCGCGACCUCAAGAUUCCAGCCAUGCGGGCGGUGGUGCCAGACGAAGGCAUUUCACCUCGUCUACGGCCACUGCUGAGCAUGGCUCGACUGAUACCUCGGCCCCGCCAGGAAUAGAAGCUCUUUCUUCGGUGGGGAACCGAGUAUAUCAGCGAGACGAUGGAGCGCCCGCCUCCUUGGGCGAAGCUUCGCAACCUUCAGCCUCCUUGGGCUCACGCCAUGUAUCUCGGCUGCAGUCGAAUGCAGCGCUCCUGGAAGAUGUGCUCUCACAUCAAAGCGAGGAGCGCUAUCACGACGUUUGGGACUUGUACUGCAGAUUAGAUGGGCAUCAUCAAUUGGACUUCCGCCGCGCCAUGGUCUUGUAUCUCUCAAAAUCGCGCGGAAUAGUCGAAAUCGGGAGGGCCAUCUCACUAUUUCGCCAGAUUGAUAUUGCUGACUGGGACGACGACCUCUUGGCCGCUGGAGUCCUGGCUUUCAUGCGAUCUGGUGACCUGGAGCAUGCGAUCGGUAGGCUAAAGGUUGGCCUGGAGCUGAAAGGUCUAGUCGGGGGCCUCGAGUACAUUCUGGCCGAUACCAUUGCCAACGAAAAAUGGUCCAUGCUUAUAGGCGUAUGGCUGGAAUUCUACGCAUCUCGCCUCAAGUUUGAACCAGCUGGCCAGCCUGAAGCCAUUCGCUUAGAACGACUCGAACGCUUGCCCGGCCUCGACAAGCUCUUCUUCUCUUUUGAGAAUUAUCUCUCGUCUGACGGUGCAAAGGCGGUUCGCCCCAUCAAGAUCUAUGAGACGACAAGGCUGGGCCUCGAUGCUUUAAGGCGAAAAAUGGCAGAGCUAGCACUGGCGCAACCCUGUCAACCAAGGCAAGCGACUGCUAUUUUGAACAUUUUUAACGACCACCAAUUAUACAAAGAUUAUUUGCUUCGCGUGCUGAACUGCUGGCAUGGCAAAUCUGAAUUGAGAUCUAACCUCACUUGGUUAUCCGAGUUAUAUAGAACAUACCGCAAGCUUCCAGGCGCUCACCCACCCAUCGCUUUGCUGCAGCAUAUGUUUGAAUUGCACUACCCAUAUGGGACUGCUACACUAGAGGAAAUUUACAAAGACUGGCAUCGUGCCUGGGGAGACUUGGACCAAUGGGGGUAUGAAAAGUUUCUCAAGUACUACGCUGGAGUGGGAGAUGUCCAAGCCGUUCAACAACUAUGGGGGCGGUAUGUGAGCAAAUAUCCCCGCGUGUUGAAGAAACCCAGGGCCUUUAGGAGUACCAUGAACGCUUAUGCGCAGAUUGGCGACGUCACCAAAGCGGAAGAAGAGCUUCGACUCAUGACAGACCACCACGGAGUCAAGCCUGACCUUGAUAUUUGGAAUACCUUGCUGAAGUGCUAUAUGCGAGCGCAAGACUACAAUCGAGCGGUGGCCUGCUUCAGCGAGAUCUGCAAGAUGUAUCGACCAGAUUCCUUCACGUAUGCUCAUAUAAUGGCCAUGUCUGCCAAGAAGGGUGACCUGGAAGCCACUCUUGGCUUCUUCAACCAAUCUCAAAAAAGCCGAGUUCCCGUAUCGAAGGAGAUGGCAAUGGCCCUGGUCAUGGCGUACUGUCGCAACGAUCGAUUGAUGGAGGCGGAAAGGAUAUCCAUGGAGCUGGCGGAACGAAACGCGACAAGCACUGCCAUCUGGAACCAGCUGAUUCAUUUCAACGGCAUGCAAGGUAGGCUUAGCAAGUGCUACGAGCUGCUUCAGGCCAUGAAGUCGUUUGACCUCGCAUGGGACCAUCAGACUCAUGAAUUUCUCCUUCAGGCUCUUGUAAGAGUGGACCAAGUGCAGCCUGCCUACCGCCUCUUGCGGACUGCCUACAAGGAGAAGCUGUUUCCAGUUGGUCCAGAACAUUUUGCCGUUGUCAUGGCUGGCGCUGUUCGUAUUGGCGACCUUGGACUGGUCGAGAUUCUGGCUUCGCAUCUUCUCAAGGCUGGCCAGUCAAUGAACUUUAAUGCCAAGGUAGCCCUCGCUGAAGCCUCUUUCAAGAAGAAGCCGUCCUCUACCCGAACGCGGCAGCUCGGGAAAGAAUUCGUCGCUCAUUUACGCUCUCUGUUUAUCCACAAUGCCAGAGGUAGAGAGGCCCAUGCUGUCUCAACACUUCCGAGCGAUAUUAGACACUUGAAGAAACAAACCAAGAGCAUUGGCCGCGCCAUCAAACUCUUGGUCGAACUACGAGACUUUACGACAGCUGAAGAGGCCAUCAGCUUGUAUAGCGGAAUGUUCCCCAAGCAUAGAGGAAGCGAGCCGUUCCCUCCGGAAGUGAUUUCCGCACUCAUGCUGGGCUACUUCAAAGACAGGAAGUUCCGCCAGGUACAUGAUAUGUGGAACCAGACUUGGAAGAGAGUCCUCGCUCGAGCGCGGCACCGCCAAGCAACAGGCAUCUAUCCCAUCCACGAAUACGAUGUCUCCAGACCAGUAACGAUCUUGGCCAAGACGCUUAGGGAAGAGAACAGCGGAAAGGAGCUGCUUGAAGUCGUUCAACAGGUUACAUCGGCUGGGUUCAAGUUGACUCGGAGCAACUGGAAUCUUGUAAUUCGCUAUCUUGCCGAGAUGGGCCAGUGGGAGCCUGCCAUGCGCUGGUGCGAGACCAUGCUGAUGCCGCGCUGGCGUGGAUGGAGUCCCGGCAAAAGAAGUCUCCAGGAACGCCGCAAUAUGAGAAACACGCGCGUGCUCCAGGCGUCCAAUGCGGCUGUCCUCAGCUUACAACAGCAGUGGCUGAAGCUGCGCAAGUUGGCCGCCUGGUCAGCUAGUGUCUCCGCCAAGCUGAGAGAGAUUGAGAGACAAUUCCCCCGCCUGCACUACGCCUUUACGAAUACUGACUUUGAACAUGUUUCGGGAGCAUUGGACGGUAACCGAAAGGCAAGCCUAAAGAAGAGCGCCAUGGACAUGUUGAGACCAUUUUCGCAUAUGGAGCUGAAGGGCAUGAAGAAGGCGCUGGAGAGACAGCUUCGGGUGCAGGAGACCAAACGACUGAGACGACGAAUGAGAAACCCGCUGCGGGCCGUGUCGAGCGAGUUGAAGAGGCGAGUCCGGGGUGUGCGGAGGCAUGCGGGUAGGGCGGAGAGGACGACUCAUCAGUCGCCUGCAAAGGAUGACGGUGGUGAAGGAGACGAGUAA